CGAAUCAUGUUUUUUCUUUCAGGAAAUAUCUAUCAAUCAAGCCUCUCUUUAUCAGAAAGAAUAGGCUUGCAAUUGCAAUUAAGAAGAUCUAUUGUACGCUACUUCUAAUCUGCUUGGCCCAACUUGUUUCUUUGUCCAAUUUCUUGAAUACCUUCUUCUUCUAGACCUACAGCAAUUCGCAUUUAACGGAUCAACUAGAAGUUACUUUUGCACCUUUCAUCUAAGGAGGACCUAUGUCCAAAUAUUAUGUCCUUCAAUUGGCUUUCUCAUUGACUUAAGGCAGAAGUGAUCUCUUCUCCUCAGUUGGCUAAUCAAACUCCUCUCAUAAGGAAAAAUAAGGCUGCUGCUACUUCUAAUUUUGUUGGCCUUGUUCUGUUAUCAGUGUCCAACUUGAAUUUCUUUCUACUAAACCUGCUCCCGGAAUUCAUCGAUGGAGAAAAUUCUUGAGAAAGCUGAGAAUUUUGUAGACCACUACAGAAAACUUGAAAAAGAUACAAAUGAGUUGAAAAGCGAAUUUCAGUUUCUAAAGAGGAGAAAAAUUGACAUUGAUUCAAGAAUAGAAACAGAGGUUCGCCUGGGGCAAGUGGUGAAAGAAGAAGUAAAGGGCUGGCUUGAAGAUGUUAAAAAGAUGGAAGAAGACAUACAAGAUGUUGAAGAAAGGGUGCACAGUGUUUCACGCUACAAUCGUAUCAGUCUUGAUAUACUCGUGCGUGAAAAAAUUGAAGAGGUGAAGAGAAUUCAAGAGAGGGGCAAUUUCACUGAAGGCCUUGUGAUUGAGAGAGCUCCAGCUCCUGGACUCAUAUUUCCAACAGAAAAUUUAGAGGGUUCUUCUAAAGAUGAAAUUUGGAAGUGCUUGAUGGGCAAUGAAGUUGGAAUGAUUGGGGUUUGCGGGAUUGGUGGAGUUGGGAAGACCACAAUCAUGCAGCAUAUUAACAAUGAUUUGGUGAGGGAGGGCAGAUUCCAAAAAGUGAUUUGGGUUGUUGUAUCAUACCCUCUCAAAGUUUCUGAAUUACAAACAAAGAUUGUUGAUGCUAUGAAGAAAACACUUCGAGAAAAAGAAGAGAUGAGGCGGGCAGCAGAACUAAUGGAGAUAAUGGGAAGAGAGAGUUUUGUGCUAAUUUUAGAUGAUGCAUGGGAAGAGUUUUCUCUCAAGGAAGUUGGAAUCCCAGAACCAACUGUGCAGAAUAGGAGCAAAGUAGUUAUCACUAGUAGAUCAGCUAAAGUAUGUAAUAAUUUGCGUUGUAAGAUUGUUGAAGUGCGGCCUCUUUCACCAAAGGAGUCUCUAAACCUUUUCCUUGAUAAGGUAGGACGUGACGUUUUAGAAGUUGAAGGGUUGGAAGAAAUCUUGAAUUCUGUUGUGAAGGAGUGUGGCGGUUUACCACUAGCAAUUGUUGUAAUAGCAGGGAGCAUGAGGGGAGAAUAUGAUAUUAGGGAGUGGAGAACUACACUAGAUGAAUUACAACAAUGUGUAAAAAGCAUGGAAGGUAUGGAGGAUAAGAUAUUUAUGCGGUUAAGAUGGAGUUAUGACCGUCUAAGGAGUCCAGAGAUCCAACAAUGUUUUCUGUAUUGCUCCUUCUUCCGGGAAGAUUAUGAGUUUUCAAGAAAGGAGUUGAUUGAAAAUUGGAUUGAUGAAGGAUUGAUUAAUGAGUCGGGAAGCAGACAAAAAGCUUAUGAUAAGGGCCAACGUUAUUUAAAUAGACUUGAAAGGAACUACUUGUUAGAGAAAAUUGUUACGCACCGUGUUGCUUUUAAGAUGCAUGAUGUAGUAAGAGACAUGGCUAUUAAAAGCAUUGGUCCUGAAGUUAGAUAUAUGGUCAAAGCUGGUAUGAAAUUGUCAAAGGUACCAAAUGAGCAUGACUGGGCAAUUGAUCUUAACAAGGUAUCUCUAAUGGCAAAUGGCAUUUCAAAAAUUCCUGUUGGUUUGUCCCCGAAGUGUCCGUUGCUGUCAACUUUGAUAUUGUCAAGUAAUCCUAAUUUGUCAGAAAUUCCAAGUUCCUUUUUUGAAGAUAUGGUUGGGCUUAAGGUUCUUGAUCUUUCUGAUACUGAUAUUGAAGCUUUACCCGAUUCCAUCUCUAACUUGGUGAAUCUCUCUGCACUGCGGUUAAGGGGGUGUAAGAAGUUAAAGUACUUGCCUUCCUUAGAGGAGCUUAGGGCAUUAAAGAAGUUGGAUCUGUGUAUGGUAGGGAUAGAGGUGGUCCCUCAAGGCAUGGAGAUGUUGGUAAGUCUUGAAUAUCUUGAUUUAUAUUGUCAAAAUUUGAAAGAGAUUCCAACGGGAAUAUUACCUAGCCUUUCCAGUCUCCAGUACUUGGUUGUGCAUCCAAGCAUCUCAAUUACUAAAGGAAUAAAUUUAGAAGAGGUUUCUAGAUUGAGCAAGUUGGAGAGUUUGGAAUGUGGAAUGGAGAGCAUACAAGACUUCAACUAUCUUGUCAAUAAGUCCAAAGAUUUUGUAAGUCUUACGGCUUAUGAUCUUCGACUGACAACAAGUAAAGAAGACCUCACACGUUAUCACUUUGGUGGUGAAUGUCAAUGUAAGGUUUUAAUUGCUAAAUGUGAGAUUGGAGAAGAAUGUAUAGUGCUUCCACAUAAGCUUGAGGAGUUGUGGAUCGCUUAUUGGAUAGAGUGCAUGGUUGAGUUGGACUCAUCGUCCUCCUCAUUUUGUUGUCCAACACUGGAUAAGCUCGAAGAGUUGAACCUUGGCGGCUUGCCUAACUUGAGUGUACUCGUGAGAGGGGAAGGAGUAGCAACAUCACCUCACAUCUUUUCAAAUCUUACACAGCUUGAUAUGUGGCAAUGUUCGGGAAUGAGGAAGUUAUUUCCACUUGAGCUACUACAGGCCCUCCAAAACUUAGAGGUGAUUAAGGUUCGCAACUGCGAACAAAUGGAGGAGAUAAUAGCCUCAUCAGAUUCAAAUGAUACAUCAUCGGAUAAAUUCACUUUUCCCAAGUUAAGGAAAUUGAAGUUGUUACAGUUAGACCAAUUGAAGAGCAUCUGCAGUGGAGUUAUGCAUGUUAUGUUAUGGGAUUUCUACUCUUGUUUCUAUGGUGCUUCAUUGCUUCAUAUACUCAAUCUGUUAUCAAGUUGAAAUCUUAAAUUUUUGUAAUAUGUACCUUUCAUAUUUGCUUUGCUGACUUGACCACUGGAGAACACUUCGACAACACUCCAAUGCCUUUUUCCACUCUUGCAGAUUGAAGUGAACAGCAAAGGGUGUUCCUGUCUAGGAAUCCAUAACAGAAAAGAACUCAACUCUCAUUAAUCCUAAGUGAUUUCAGCACAAUCGGUAGGCAAUUGGCAAGAAGAGAUCCAGGCGCUGGUCUCUGAGAAACUCCAAGCAAUUUCCUACAAGUGGCUGAGUUGCAACCUUUUGGUUUCAUGAAAUGUUUCAAAGAGAAGCUAAGCAAGAAUUUGAUGGCAAUAGCUUGGUUCAGGUGUACAGUGUUCAAGGAUCUAUUGCAAAGUUUUUUUGAUCAACAGAUGCAUUGCAAAGUAUUGUGAACCGUGUGCUCUGGAAUGCUGAAUUUUUCCAGGCUUCAAGAGCUUUCCUAGAGUAGCAACCUUCAAAUAUUGAAAAUUCUUUAGGAGACAACAGGUUCAUUAGGAAACUUAUGUGAUUGUGUUUCUGCAAAGUUGAAGUCCAGUUAAGCACCAGCUGAUGGUCCUAAUUUUAGUAAAGAUUCAAAAGGUGAAGCCAACAAGAAAAAGAUGGUGGUUUUGGAUUCGUUGGGUGAAGACAACUAUGAAGAUGCCAUCAAUUUAGCAUCACCCUAUCCCACCAAACAGCUACCAUGUAUUGAUCCAAAAGUUGUCAACAAAAUCAAUAACAGUGAAAAGUCCUCUACAACUAAGAAUGAAAAUCUGCUUUCUGAAACUGAUAUGAAUAAAUUACCUAUAUUAGA